ACAUGACAUCUCUAUCCCACAUGGCCUCUCAAUCAGCCAAUCGGACAGCUUUACAAGACGAGCCAGAACCACCAUAGUUAUAUACCUUCAAAUUGCUUUCUUUUUUAUUUUUCCUUGAUGGCUAUUGAAUCGUGUCUUUCCUGAAGACAAGAUAGCCACCAAGAUUUAAGGUUGCCCGAAUUCAGGAGGUGGUGAGUAAAAUGGAUCUCGAUGGGCACGAAGAAGAAUCGCAGGAGAAGAACAAAAUGGAGCCUGGAGAGCUGUUGGAGGAUUCCUGGUUCUUCGGCAAUUUGCUCCACGGCAAGCCAAGAAUGUCGAGGAGCAUGUCCGAGCCUUGCACCUCCUCGUCCAAAUCAUACGAAGAAACCUACGCUUCGAUCAAGAAAAUCCCCGAAUCGAACCUUCUGCGCCAUGGUGUGAAUGUGAUCUCCAGGACACCAUCGGAGGGAUCGAGACUGGAACGACGAGGGGGAAGAAAUCAGGCAAGAAAGAUUUCUGACAGGAACAGGGAAAUGGCAUCGCAGACGUGCUUGCAUCGUGCCCCAUCUCUGCCGGAUAAUUUGCAGGAGGAUUCUGAAGAUUUUCAUGGCGACGACGACGAGGAAGACGAGGUUGAGUUCUCCUUGGGGAAGUUGAUCAGACAGGCUUCUAUGAAAAAUUCAGACAACCUGCCUCCCAGACGCAAUGGUGCUAAGAUUCUGGGAAGAACCUCAAGCUUAUCGAUUCACACAAAUGGAAACAAAUCCGAUCUGGAAAGCAGUAAACUGGAGGAGAUGAAGCCCAAAGCCUGCAAAAUCAAGAAACAUUCGAGCUUUAAACAAUACGAGGAGGAAUUAAUACGAGGUUUCGAGGAUUUUGGAUUGGAUACAUGCCCUAAUGUAAUUAAGAGCACCACUGUUCAUGGCCUGCAACCGCAAAAGAAGAAUAAGAAGAAGACGACGAGAAUACAAGAAGAGGACGAAACAAGAAUGCGUAGAAUGUUCUUUUUGGAGGGGUGGAAGAGCUCGGCGCCGGCGCCGCCUCCGCCUCCGCUCCCCAGAUGGAGUGGUAAUGGCAAUGGCAAUGGCAAUGGGAAAGGGAAGCAAUCGUCGAGUGAAGACAUGAAAGCACAAAUAAAAUUUUGGGCAAGAGCUGUGGCAUCUAAUGUCCGCCAGGAGUGUUGAUGAUUGAUUAUAUAUACAUACAUUCAUAUACAUAUAUAUAUAUAUAUCACUCACAGAUCUUUUUGAGAAAUUUUUAUUAAUUUAAGGGAUGGAUUGCUUCCCUGUUAUUGAAACUCAAUGGCGUAGAUGUUUGAUCUUGAGAACGCAAUCAUGGCCGACGAACAAGAUUCUAACAUUAAAUGAAGAAAUUGUGAAUUAUUACAUUAUUUUGAUGUAAUUUUUGUGUCUGAAAUGGAAAGCGAUUCUGAAUAAGACAAAAUAAGGGAAAGAUAUUUUCGUUGAAGAAGAUCAUAUUGCCA